AUGAGUGACGACGACACUUUGGGCCCAUCCUCGAAACAAUGGCCGAUACAUGCUUUACUCAUCGACCAAUCUCGAGUGGAUGAUUCGGUACGAUCGAGUGGUUAUCCCGGAGCUGGCACGACCGAAGAUCCCUUCAUUGUUGACUGGGUUGUCAACGAUGGCGGAAACCCCCUCAACUGGUCAAAGUCCCGCAAAUGGGCCAUGACCAUGUCUUCGGCGUUGACUUGCUUCGUCGUGGCUUUUGGUUCAAGUGCAUACACGGGCGUAAUGAUGGAACUCAUGAUCAACUUUAAAGCCGACAACCUGUUGAUAACAGGAGGCGUUUCACUCUACGUCCUUGGUUUCGCCCUCGGCCCUCUCCUCUGGGCACCCCUUUCCGAAAUCUAUGGCCGGCAAUACGUUUUUAUUGGAAGCUAUCUGGCAUUUGUUGUGUUCUGCGCGGCCACCACGGCGGACUACAACGUCGCGUCCCUGCUGGUCUUUAGAUUUUUCGCUGGAGCAUUUGGAUCAGGACCGUUGACUAACGCGGGUGGUGUCAUCUCCGAUCUCUUCUAUGCCGACGAUAGAAGCAUUGCCAUCGGAGUCUUCUCGCUUGCUCCCGCCAUGGGCCCGACAUUUGGUCCAUUCAUUGGCGGUUACCUUGGAACUAAGGCGGGCUGGAGAUGG